UAGUGAUGUUGGUUUGUGCCCAGAACAUUCCUACUCAAAAUGGAAAAUCAAACGUUUGUCACUGAAUUUAUCAUCCUGGGGUUUUCCACUGGGGAAAACAUGCAAUUUUUCAUGUUUGGGAUCUUCUCUGUUAUCUACACAGUUUCACUGGUUGGAAAUACACUUGUAUUUGUGGUAAUCUGUCACAACUCCCAGCUUCAUACCCCCAUGUAUUUCUUCCUCUGCCAUCUCUCCAUACUAGACAUCUGCUAUGCCUCCAGUAAUGUCCCCCACAUUUUGGGGAACCUCCUUCUCCAGAGGAAAACCAUCUCAUUUGUUGGUUGUGGGACACAAAUAUACCUCUACAUGGCCUUAGCCCUAACUGAGUGUGUGUUGCUGGCAGUGAUGUCUUAUGACCGCUAUGUGGCAAUAUGCCACCCCUUGCGAUACAAUGUCAUCAUGAACUGGAGAGUGUGUACCACCAUGGUGACGUGUUCAUGGACCUGUGGGUUCCUGUUUGGUGCAAUACAAGUGGGUCUGACCCUGCGGUUGCCUUUCUGCAGCCUUAAUGAAGUGGACCACUUCUUCUGUGAACUCCUGGCUGUGUUAAAGCUAGCCUGUGCUGAUAUCACUAUCAACCAGACUGUGAUAUUUACUGCCUGA